AUGGAGCAUUUGCAGAAGCUGCCAGCUCCAUUAAUUCUCAAAUGGGGUUAUGUUUUUAAUAAUUCUAAACCCAUUUUUGGGUCCUUCCAAAAGGUUAGGUUUUAUGCAACUGCUAAAAAACCUAAAUUGAAACAAGUAGAAGAAGAAGAAGAAUGUCAUAUACCUCGUGCAGUGAAGAAAGAAGCACAAGCUGUUUUGCUAGACUACUUGCAUUCCACUAGAAGUUUGCAGUUUAUGGAUGCUGAACAUAUGAGUAAAAACUCACCUUUUUUUCUUUCCAACUUAUUACAAAGAAUUGAUAAUGAAAAUGAUAUUAGACGUUCUUUAACUCGAUUCUUGCGAUAUCAUCCAAUCAAUGAAUUUGAACCAUUCUUUGAGAGCAUUGGUCUGAAACCUUGUCAGUACUUGCCAUUUCUUCCUAGAGAUCUCAUGUUUUUGAAUGAUGAUCAUAGGUUGCUUGAUAACUAUCACAACUUGUGUAAUUAUGGUAUUUCAAGAAAUAAGAUAGGAAGGAUUUUUGCUGAAGCUCCAGAAGUUUUUAGAUAUGAUUCUGGAGUUUUGGACUUGAAGCUUGCUUCUUUUCACGGGGUUGGGAUAGAUCAGUCUAUUGUUGUUAAGCUUGUUAGUGCAAGUCCUCAUCUUUUGAUUGGGAAUAUACACAAGGAAUUUUUUCAAGUUGUUGAGGAAUUAAAGAAAACAGGAGUUGAAUAUAGUUGGAUUGAGGAGCAAUUGAAUGGAAAUUAUAUUGAUUGGAGCCACUUAUUCGAGCUCAUAUGCUUCUUGAACGGGUUGGGCUUGACUGAUCAACAAUUAGGAAAAUUAAUUUGUCAAGUUCCUGGUCUUCUGUUUGAUUGUUCCGGUCGUACUACAUUUUCGCUAAUUGGAUUCUGGUUGAAAUUUGGUAUUCAGAUACCCAAAUUACUUGACGUAUUUCUACACUUGCCACAAAUUCCAAUAACCACAUUUGUUUUCAAUAUGAGGCAAUGCUACCAGUUCUUGAUUGAAAUUGAGAUGCCUGUCUUAGAGAUUGGAAAUAUUAUUCAUUCAUACCCUACAUUGCUAGGCUCGUGUGUUUUGAAGAAAGCUACAAGCUUGUUAACUACCCUGAAUACAGGGAAGAAGCGGCUUUGUAGUGUGAUCAAGGAGAAUCCAGAAUUUUUGAGGAAUUUGGUUCGUGGAGCCAAAGUUGAACGGUUACCAGUAGCUGAGGAGGAGCUAAGAUCCAAAAUGAUGAAAACUAAGUUCCUUUUGGAUUUGGGUUUUGCUAAGAACUCGAGUGGAAUGGAGAAAGCUCUCAAAUUAUUUCGAGGGAAAGGGGUGGAGCUCCAAGAGAGGUUUGAUUGUUUGGUAAAUGCUGGUUUGGAUCGAAAGCAUGUUGCUUCAGUGCUGAAAAUAUAUCCGCAAAUACUCAAUCAAAGGAAAGAGGUACUUGAGGCAAAGAUUGAUUUUCUAUUGAAUAAUUUGGGUCUUCCACUGUCUACUUUAGUUUCGUUUCCAUCCUACCUAAACUACACAAUUCCAAGAACCACAAUUAGGCUUUCAAUGUAUAAUUGGCUCAAAGAUCAAGGAAAAGUGGACCCAACAUUGUCUUUGAGCACUAUCAUAGCUUCCUCAGAGAAAUUAUUCAUGAGGACUUAUGUAAAUCCUCAUCCUAAAGGCCUUGAAGUCUGGCAAGAUCUGAAAAGAGAGAUAUAUCCUGAUUAAGUGAGAUAUCCUGGGUCGUUCCAUCUGGUAGCGUUGACAAAAGGAAGUCUAAAGCUUGAAGUCUCUUUAAAGCACAAUCUCCUGCUUAAGUUAAGAUGAGUACCAGUUCUAAAUGUGUUAACUUUGAGUGAAACGAAAAGGAGCAGGCUGCAGGCAUCCAGGGAUCCAGCUAGGGCAUUCACACCAAGGCUCAUAUUGAAAGCCACGGGAGGUUCCAAAUGAAGACCAAGAUCCUUUGGAGAAAUGAAGGUCCCGAGAUGGACUGAAAUUGGAACUCGCUGGACCAAAUUUAAUACUGAUUGUGACUGCUCAAGUAUGUUGAUUGCCCAGACAUGCACAGUUUGGCCAGAUAUUUUAUGUUCCUGAAUUGAAGGCACAACUCAUGUAUCCUCAUGCGCUUGCUUAUGGUUUUGGCAUAGGAACGAUUUGAGCUUAUAGCUUCGGGAUAAAUGCAACCUUGUUCUUGUUCAACACCUAUGGUUGCGGCUGAAGUAGAGCCAAACUCCUUGUGUUAAUCAUUCUAACCUGUUGUAGUUUGAGUAAUCUAGUAGGUUUCUUCUUAUUUCACUUUGAAUGGAUUCCUUGAAAAUAUACUUUUCUCAUUAUUAUCUCCUUUUGUAUGGAGAAAAUAAAUUGUUUACCAUAUUGGAGACCUUGUAUAAGUUUCUUGUUUAUCCAGCCCUA